CUGAUAUGUACGGUAAUAUCCAUAUGAGUGUCUACCUGUAUGAGGAAUAUCGAUCCAUUAUAUCAAGCACUGCCGUCGUACUAACCCUAGAUCUUCGUCGCAAUCAUGAAUAUGGCCGUCUGUUUGUGGAAAUGUCGAUGGCGGAUGAAUCAGGACAGUCAUUCCUCAUGUGUGAACUUGGAAACAUUCAAACAGGAAGGAACGUUUUUGGCAAAUUCACCGCAAAUCUUACGAGGAGUAUUAUCCGAAUUUCAUUGUCCUGACAGAAAUUAUUAAUCUUGACGACGUCAAUCCAAAUGAUUUGUUUUACCACUACAGUCUUAAUGGAUCCAACUACCAUCGCGAGGCUUUAAUGUGGGAGAAUGACAGUAAUGUUUACUUGUUCGAGGCACCAAAGAUUAUCGGCUACUUUUACUUUUCCACACCUCCCUGUUCUGUGAUUUGUAAUAUCACAUCUAUAUGGCUGCCACUUAAAGAUUAUAUCACAGUAGUUAAAGAUAUCAACAACGUCAUAUUGAGGACAGUACCAUCUUCGUUGGACGGUGACGUCAACACAUGUAUUGAUCUGCCUGUCCCGGGUGGUUCACCGUCAAUGUUUUGGAUGAGGAUAAACAAACUAAGCCUGUUUGGUGUGACGUCAGAUAAAUUGAUAGUACACAUCGUUGGAGGAGGUAUUGCGUGUCAACUUGCCGGAUUAAAAAGUAUCCAAGUGGGAACCUCUGGACCUACCGAUGAUAAUCAGUGCAGUAUCAACACCGAUAUAGUAUUUUGCAAGAACGUGUCACACACCACAAAUGGUACCAUGACCCACUGUGAUCUUAAAUGUGAAUGUCUAGAUUUACUGCAAUGUUCGAAUGUUCAUAUCAUCAUGCGGAGUACAAACAAAGAUCAUUGGAAGUUAUGUGAACUCACUAUAGAAGAUGUAUAAAAUCUGAUAUGUAGACAGGCGAUGUUGAUGAGAUCCGAUGGGAAUCAAAGAUGUCCGGAAAGGAUCGUCAUUUAAAGAGCAGCUCUUUUUCCGUCGUAGAGCCAUGGAUUAUCUAUUUAAUAUAAACUAUAUUAUAUACUAUAAUAUGAAUUUAUGAAGCUGUGCCAUCUUGUGGUGACAUGAAAACUCUAUACCUUGGUUGUAAAACAGCUGGUACUUAUGUUUCAAUAUUGUGGCAAAACCACCGUACUCGUCGUUGCCUUACCAACUGAUCUAUGAUUGCAAAUGUGACAAAGUGACAGUUGAAGUUUUAUUUGUAGCUUAGUGUUUUCGUAAAACUGUAUUCAUACCUGGUAUAGAUAGCUGGUUUUGCGCAUAAUUCAAUUCAAACAUAACAAAUGAAUAUAAAGGACCACUGAAAACUACAAUAUGCAGUACAGACAAAAAGACAUGUUAACAAUGAGACGUCGUCGGAAUGUACAAGUUUCAACAAUGUACAAAAAUGCAUACUUUACCAUGGUUUUAUACUGAGCAAAGGAAUGUUUCGCAACAUUACCCAGCUUUUGCUCUACCUUUUUUAUGUAAGUGUUCAAGCUUUUGACUAUUAAUAGAACAUGUUUCACCUUUUGUAUUGUGUAACAACGCCGGGAAAUCGGUCAGUGUAUUAAUACGCGAAACUGCGAGUCCUAGUGAUUCUAUCGAAAAAUAAAGUUCGGUUUAGUUUAAACAUAUUUUAUUGACAUAAAAUGACAAAGGGAUUGGUCGGUAAGUUUUGCCAACUUAUUGAUGACCUUUCCCGCAUAAAUGACAUAUGAUAAUAUACAGUGGUCACAUGAUGAUAUGUACAAAUAUUCAACAAUAUGAUAAACAAAAGAUGAUUUAUGAAUUGUCUUUCUUAAAAAAUAA